GUAAUCGUCAUAAUGCGAUCAUUAGGAAGGAAGGAAUCUUAGCUUCUUGGCCACGUACGGAACGGAUUACCAUUAGUUGAAGCUGGUCCUUCGAUAGCGGUGGACGCGAUUCGGUGAUUUUGGAACCAUUUUAUUAUCUAAGAAGAGUUUGGGAGUCGACACGGUCGGUUGGUGGAAAGUGAGAGUGCGCGACAUAGCAUUGGGCGGGCGCACUGCAAGUUUUCUCCAAAUCGUCGGAUAGAGCACCCCAAACGUGAAUAGUGCCAGACAUAGAAAAGGCUUUUUUCGCGCUUCUUUCACGAAUUGGUAACAGAAGAUCGAACAAGAUGAAGCAAAUCAAGUUCGCUGCCGUGUUAGUGAUUGCUCUCAUCCUAUCAGCCAGCAUGGCUGAAGCCCGACGUGUGAGACGCCAGCAACCGAUACGAAGUCCCUUCACAACCUAUUUCCCAUCGAGUCAAAAAUUCGUCCGAAAUCAAGCAUCGCUUAGCGGUGGCGGCACGUUCCAAUCCGCUCGGCCCACCUUUCUCACAUCGGAAGCUUUCAACGAUCUGGUGACGACGGUGCAGGCCACUCGUUCACCGAACCUGCUGCAACCGUCCCUGGAACCCCAGCAGCCAAAUAGGUCACGCGAAUUUUACAUCUGCAUGACAAACUGCCUGACGCUGAGCCACUACAAUCCGGUCUGCGGAACGGACCACACCACCUACCACAACGUGUACAAGCUGGAAUGCUCGAACCGGUGCGGAGCACGGCCCAGAGUUCAGGUCCGAAAGCCCGGUAUUUGUUGAUACGGCAUUUAUGUUUCAUUUGUAGAGCAUCUGUUUCGGUUAAAUAGCUCACUCAUAGAUCAUUCUUUAAUAAAGUGUUCAUACAUCAUAAAAGUACAUGUUGUUUGUUUUGA